CAAGAAUCAGACGAUAAUAAUUUUAGAGCAUUUGAGAAAUGGGAAGUAUAUUUUUUAGUUGUAGUCUGCGUAUUUUUAUAUACUCGUAUUUAUCUCCGUGUGUAGAGUAUUACAGAGAUAGGUCGAACAACGUGCACACUGUGCACGGUAUACAGCAAGAAAGUAGCGCCUCUGCGUAAGGAACAUAUAUAAUCAUAUAUUACUAAACAUACAGUGCACAACAUACUAACAAGUACUAUGUCAGACCGUAUCGAUGAGGAGACUGUCAAGUCUGCCUCGAAGAUGUUCGAAGACAUGUCCCUGUGUGAGUUAGGUCCCGAGAAUAACGCUGAGCCUAGCAACAAAGCUGCUGUGAGAAACAUCGAUGAUAUGUCUAUAGGCGAAAUUGUACGGGAUCUAGAGGCACGCGCGCCUGAAGGGUCAGGGGUGGAGAAUCGCACGGAUAGCAGUCAAUUAAACCAACAAGAGAAUGGUACGAAUAUGUUCCAAACUUCGAAAUCAAGCCAGGAUGACCUUAAGUUCCUGAUGAGUAUGAUAGGAGCAUUGCAUGAUGAUGCGCAGACAGACGGGGGUCAGUUGGGUUCUCGACUUCCUCAGGAGCAAAACACUCUACCGCGGAAUACACAAAUAUCUGUUCAAAAUUCUCAAACGGAGCAAUAUUUUCCUGGUCUAGAGAAUAUGUCGCAGCUAAGCGAUAUUUCUGAAGUGAGUAGUGCCUCGGGUUUCGUUUCUGUUUCACACAGAGACUCUGCGUCUAUUCCCGUAUUGCCUACAACAAGCACAUUGAGAACUUCGGCUGUGGGAGAGUGUGCUAUGUCUGGACCCGAGGUCGAAAAAUUGUUUGACGCUAUUGAGAAUAACUUUUAUGAAUACAUUGAACAUCAGCUGAGUUCAAAUAUGGUCAGUGCGAAUGCAACCAAUGUACAAGGCUCGCGCCCAUUGAUUAUCGCAGCGAAGAUCCCUAUACUAAGAAUUAUGAGGCUUUUGAUUAACUAUGGAGCGGAUGUCAAUCAAACCGACAAUAAUGGAUGGACCGCUAUGCACUGGGCCGCUCGUAGGAGCAACCGGGAAGCUGUUAAGCUGUUGCUGGACGUUGGUGGGAAUAUGGACCUAAUAACGAGGGAGGGUAAAUCGGUGAAAGAUGUUGCACUUGAGGCUGUGAGUUCGAAUAGAGGUGACGUUUUGAUCUCGGAAUCAGGGAUGCUAAAUGUAAAUGGCCUCAGCGGCAGCACAAAUUAUUCUGGUGGCAAUCAGGCUAAAUCGCACAGGUUACCAAGUAUACCUUCAUUCAAGCUCGAUUGCAACUCCAAGAUCUUCACCGAUCCAAACUAUCAGCCUGACGACUUACAGUCAGGCACACGCCAGAGCUUAGGCUCCCACCAAUCACUAGGACAUGAGUAUCAGGGGAACUUCGACACACGGGAUAACUUUGUGAAUUCACCUGGGAGCACCCGUGCUUCCCUGUCGGGACUGGGAGAUGGCUCGGCAACCCCCGUAGACGAGUUGAAUAACUUUUUAUUCGCUCAACAACAAGCUGGUGGCGGGUUUUCACCAAACACUGCGAACAGCCACACUCUGACUCAGGCAAACUCUAUGCCUAUGGGUAGCAAUUUCAAUGGAUCUGGCGGGAGCUUGAAUGCUAUGCUUGGCCAAACGGGCGGCAUAGCGUCUCCGAAUCAAUAUCAUGGCUCACAACCGGGCCUUGACGAACUUUCCUUUAAUGACUUUCAAGCGAACUCACAGAGGCGCAUGACCGCACCUCAAGCGAACAACAAUUACACGAAUAUGGGCGGGGACGUAUUUCAGCCGCCAUCAUUUCCCUCAAUGCGUCGAACCACUUUAGACAGCUCAAUGACCGUGCCGCAACAGCAUAGGCAACAGGUGUACACUCUCAAUUCAUAUCCCUCCAUAAACUCUGCCGGGCAUUCCCCUAGUGUCAGUCCACACACGUCACCGCACACUCAAAGAUCGCCGAAGAUGACCAAUCGCACAUCUUUGUCUGGGGCACAUGCCACUCUAGGUAUCCCAUACCCGGUGUCACCAGGAAAUCAACGCAACACUUCAUCACAGAGCUAUGGACAGAAUGCAUUAUAUACGCAUGGUUCCAGUGCUUCUCCGGCAUUCUCGUCCGGUGCACAGGGAUCGAAUAUGUACAACUCGAACAACAACGUGGGGUCGGGGGUAUUGUUCUCGCACAAUCAAGCACACGGGCACAUGUACGGUAAUGUCGGCUGGAACCCCGUACAAUCAGCAAUGAACUCGGGCGGGGCGGGAGGUCACAUGCCACCGAGUACGCCGGAUCGAUUAUGCAUAGAGUGCGGCACUUCGAAAACACCUCAGUGGCGAAGGAGUGAAGACGGGUCGGUUUCACUGUGCAAUGCAUGUGGAUUGAAACUAAAACAUAAACUCAAGAAGCAGCAGAAGCUGAAGGAGAGUAACGCAGCUAAAGAAAAUGAAGGCAAAGAGAAAGCACAAGACAACAACACCUCCAAAAAGAAUACUUGA